GCAGCAUCCACGACUCCAUUCUUUUGGCCUGGCAUCCGAGUUAUGUCUCAGUAGCCGCGAAGUCUGAAUUAACCCCGAGAAUCAUGGAAACCCGAGCGACGACCUGCGAGUAGAGAUGUAGGUUAGAAGGAUGCCAGUCCACCGCAUCUCUCGUGUGCUCCUGUGCGUCUGGAUCUGCGCGAUUUGGGAGGCGCUGGCCAAAUCUCUUCCAGAUCAGGGAGCGCUUGAGGUGCAAAUCAAAGUCCAGGUGUUUGACAAUAGUGACUUGUCUCCACUGGCGGAUGCUCUUGUGGAGGUCCAUGGAAAUCAGACCAUUUUAGCGUCCGGGAAAGCAGGAAGUGAUGGCAUCCUCAGAGUCAGCUUUUUAUACCGAGCGGGAACUUGGGUCAUCAUCACUGCCUCUAAACUGGAUUAUGUCACCAACUCUGUACCCUGGCACUCCAACCGCAUCCCACUAUAUGCAUCUGUGAGCCUGUACCUUCUAGUACAGAGACCUGGGACACUCAUUCUUUACGAUGACGUCCUUCAAGUUCUGUCAGGCUCACCAGGAGCUCGUAACCAGCCGUUGGUGCAACUCCAGAGGAAAUCCCUUCAGCUCCCUCCAAACUCCAACUACACGUCUCUGUCAGCGGCUCUGACCACCGCCAAGAGCCAGUACGAGAUCGGGGGCUUCCCUUUCCUCCUGGGACGGGAGACCAACAGCUCAGGUGCUGAAAUUGGCUGGACAGAUCUGACAGCUCUUGCAGUGGUCAGCAUUGAGCUUUACGACAAAGAUGGAAAUCCAAUCCAAGUCUCAGAUCCAAUACACCUCUCUGUCCCUCUGCCCUCGGACACUCGUAACAGGAUGGCCACCAGUGUCCCCACGUGGCUCUAUCAGCCUAAGACAGGUCUGUGGGUCCGGAACGGGACAGGCUACAUUAAAAAGGACGGCUCACAGUUUGUGUGGAACCUUGUGGUUCCUGGGAUGGGAUACUGGUUAGCUGCCUUCCCCACAUCUUCAGGAUUGGGUCUCUCUCACCCGGGUCUGCGGGACAUUACCACAUAUCACACCCUGUUCCUGUUGUCCAUCCUGGGCUCCUUGGCUCUGCUCGUGCUCAUUUUGCUCUGUGUGCUGCUCUACUACUGCAGGAGGAAGUGUCUGAAGCCUCGUCGACAACAGGGCAAGCCCCAUGCAUCCAAUUUAAACAGUGCCAAAAGAGACCAGGGUACUUCCAUGUCUCGUUUGAAUCUCAUUUGCGGCGGCCAUGUUGAAUCUGGAGCAGCUAAUGACAAAUCAGAGCUAGCCGAAUCUCGAGACUAUCACAGCUCACGGGAGGACGUUACCAAACAUGUCCCAGCCCACAAGUCCAGAAACUCGAAAGGCAAAAACAUUUCCAGCUCCCAAAGAGGUGAAAGCUUUCCAAUGAAGGUAACUCGGGCCACUGAAACAAACAAUUUGGACAACCCUCUGCUCCACGAAGACUACAACCGCCACCAUAGCGCCAAUGACAAUCGUGGAUACUCUUCUGACCCCCCAUCGCCACCUCGUUUCCAGGGUUACGUGCCAAACCAGACAGAUAAGCCCCCCGAAUAUUCAGCGGCAGCAGCAGACAGCCUCACCCGACCCACAUCACUCAACACGCAACCAGGACAAAUCAUCUUCUGUAGCUCCAUUGACCAAAUGAAAGAAAACAUGUACCGGAGCAUGGUGCCAACUCUAGUCAUCCCAGCACACUACAUGCGCUUGCCCUCAGAGUUUACCAGCAAAGAUGGAAAGGAUCCAAAAGACCAAGACAAAGAUGGUGGUCCAAUGGGUCAACAGCACCAUCACCAGGGACAGAGGCAGGGCCAGCAGCAAGGUGGAUGUCAAGGAGAUGAUUCGGAAGACCCCAGCUGGGCGUCGGAUUCAUCUGGAGGCCCAGUCACCAUCCCUGUGCUCUUUAACGACUCAACCAUGGCCCAAAUGAACGGGGAGCUGCAGGCGCUAACAGAGAAGAAACUCCUGGAGCUGGGAGUGAAGCAGCACCCACGGGCCUGGUUCAUCUCACUGGAUGGACGGGCCAAUGCCCACGUGCGCCACUCCUACAUCGAUAUCAGCAAUGAUCUGAGUGGUGGAGGCUUUGGAGGUCAAAGUAAUCUACAGAGAGAUGUCAACCUGGAACCUCCUUUAGAAGCUCAAGAGCGUAAACUGGCAGCAAAUCGUAAGGGCAAAGAGGAGCGCUGGGGGUCUGCUCCACGUAAAGGCCACACUGGCACAAGUAGCGGAGGGAAGAACUACUCCAAACUGGCCUAUCCCGACCAUAGCGAGCCCAGCAGCAGUGAGGGUCGCCCGGUGUCGCCAGAGGAGAACUCUCUCACCCCUCUCCUCGAUGAAGGCCCGUCAUCCCGUGGAUCCACCAUCACCAGAAGGGGACGCAGUCGAGUUAGUAGCAGCCGCAGCAGCAACAGUGAGAACCGGCGUGACUCCAUGACCAGCCCAGAAGACGAUCCUGAUGACAAAGAUGAAAACAAGAAGAGUCCAUGGCAGAAGAUCGAAGACAGGCCUCUGAUGGUCUUUCACCCGAGGAAGUAGAAGCUGUA